CUGUCAAUCACUCUGGUGAAGUCAGCAUGAGGCGUUACUGGGCAAUCGGAGCUCUUCUCUUGGGCAGCCUUCUUAUGGGCAAUGCCUGUAAUUAUCGCUGUGCUCCUCGGGAACAUUGUGAGGAAGAGGCACCUAUAUUCGAUUACCGGUCAAAUAAUUGCGUCUCUCCUGAUAUCUGCUGUGGAAUCAUGCGACAGAAUUUUUUUGCACCACCACCCAAUUCGUACCCGACAAGGCCAGACCCACCAGCUUCAUAUGGUCAAAUGGGCCAGAGUGGUGUUCCAUCAACUCGGAGACCAGUCACAAUUCCACCAAAUGGCCCUCAUGAUCGUUUUCCAGGUCCAAACGGUGUAAAAGAACCUUACGGUGGUGCUAAUCCAUCACCGGGUGGCGGAAGCGCACCAAGUGAUACGAAUGGAAGUAGCUCUUACCCCAGUGGACCCCAAAAUCCUGUACCCGGAAAAUAUAGCCCAGGAGGAAGGUACCCCACAAUCCUCGGUGGUACCUCACAACGUCCUAUGGCAGGUGUAGGAUCCCAAAAUCCUGUACCCGGACAAUAUAGCCCAGGAGGAAGGGACCCAACAAUCCCUGGUGGUACCUCACAACCACCGAUGACAGGUGUUGGAUCCCAAAAUCCUGUACCCGGACAAUAUAGCCCAGGAGGAAGGGACCCGACAAUCCCUGGUGGUACCUCACAACCACAAAUGACAGGUGUUGGAUCCCAAAAUCCUGUACCCGGACAAUAUAGCCCAGGAGGAAAGGACCCAACAGUCCCCGGUGGUACCUCACAACCUCCGAUGGCAGGUGUUAAAUCCCAAAAUCCUGUACCCGGACAAUAUAGCCCAGGAGGAAGGGACCCAACAAUCCCCGGUGGUACCUCACAACCUCCGAUGACAGGUGAAGGUUCCCAAAAUUAUGCUGAUGGAGUUGAACAGGGGCAACAGUGCGGGAUGAGCAAUGCAAAUGGCUUGCAGCAUUUCGAAGGAGAUUCCACGGAAACCGCAAAGCCUGGACAGUAUCCUUGGGCUGUGGCUCUGAUCCACGAGAAAAAGUACUUAGCGGGCGGAUCCUUGAUUCGCCCAGGAGUUGUCCUAACAGCAGCUCACCGAGUGGUGGACAAGAAUGCAGCCAAAAUUGUGGUCAGGGCUGGCGACUGGGACUUGGGGAUCAAUAACGAGCAGUUUAAAGUCGAGCAACGCGAAGUUGUAAGAAUCAAGAUCCAUGAAGAAUUCCAGUUUUCAUCAGGUGCCAACAACUUGGCGCUUCUGUUCUUGAAAUCGGAUUUCCAGAUGUCUGACAACAUCAGAACUAUCUGUUUGCCUAACAUAAGGAAAACAUUUGAAAGGCGUCGCUGCAUAGUUGCCGGUUGGGGAAAGAUACAUUUCCAGGAUAAAAGCUUCUCCACCAUUCUGAAGAAAGUUGAGUUGCCCAUGGUGGACAAAAGGACAUGUCAGAAUCAACUGAGGCAAACCAGACUGGGACCGAACUAUCAGCUUCCUGAAAGCCUGAUUUGCGCCGGAGGCGAACUUAACCGGGAUGCCUGCUACGGAGAUGGCGGUUCUGCCCUCUUCUGCUCCGUUGGAGGUGAGAACUCAGGUGUCUUCGAGCAGGCCGGCAUCGUGAACUGGGGCAUCGAGUGUGGACAGCAGGACGUCCCCGGAACCUAUACAGAUGUGGCUAUGUUCAGGUAUUGGAUUGAAGAGAACCUGCUGCCCUUCCGGUACAGGAUGGGGGAAAACCCCCUUCAUUAGGUACUUGGCAAUGUACUUUAUGCGCAAAUAAAAGAAUUCGGCACCGAGA